AGCUGUGGAUUUUAACAAAAGUAAAUUCAGCGCAGCGAGAGCAACGUUUUUAAAUUUACAAUACAAAAAACAAUAAAAGUUUCACCAGCUAUUUCUCAGCCGAUGUCAGUGUGUGUGUGUGUUGUGUGUCAGUGUUCGUGUGUGUGCCUAUCGAUAGACCGUGCCUCGACGCUGCGACGAAGAAGGUACAGAUAGUGAGUAGCAAAAAGACGCCGUAGCCGUUUUUCAUUUUCGGAGGGAUUUUCUAAGCGUGCCUGCCAUUUGCAAAAACGCAAAUCGCAAGUUGAGCACGCAAAAAUAAGAAGGCAAGCGCAAAAGGAAACACCGAAACGGCGAAUACGAAGUACGCACAAAUUAUUUGAGGCAAGAGUUGUGUGUGCAUCCAGAUCUGAAGCCGACGACGCAGCUUUCUGAAAAAGCGCGCGCAUAGAAUAAAAAAUUAACGAAAAAAUGGAGGAUACUGCGGUGGCCAAAAAGCGCGGACGCCCGUCAAAGUUGGCGACGGGCGCUGCAGCUGCACCGACGGGCAGUCCCGGCGAUAGCAACAUUCCAACAAUACCCAAAAAGCGCGGUCGUCCGCCCAAGGUCAAGGGUAGUGGCCGUGGCAGGCCGCCAAAGUCCGCAGCCGCUGCGCAAAACAGCGAUAACGAGGAUCUCGACCAGGAUGAGCUGGGCGAGGCCAACGGCGAUCUGGGCAUGCCGCCAUUAAAGGUCAAGGCACGCGGUCGUCCGCGCAAAAGUGGCCCACCUGUACAAGUGCAGGAGAACAGCGGCAACGAUGACGACGACAUGGAUUCCUCGACCGAUGAGAAGCCGCCGGUGAAGCACCAAAAGUCGCCGUCUUCGGCCUCCAAGCGCCGCAAGCUGGGACGACCCCAAAAGCAUAAGCCCAGUGAAGAUGAAGAUGAAUACGAUGAUGACGAUGAGGAGCCACGUCCAGUGGGUCGUCCAUCCACUGGAGCCGUCAACUUGAACAUUGUGCGCACCGGACGCGGUCCUGGACGCCCCAAGAAGAAUGCAUCGGCUGGUAGCGGAAAGCGUUCCGCGUCGGCCGCUGCCGCCGAAUCAAAUAGCGAUGAUGCACCCACUGUGCCCAAGAAACGUGGACGCCCGCCACUGUCGAACAAGCCGGCCGCGUAUGUGCCAUCUGGAAGACCACGUGGGCGCCCAAAGGCCCAAGCCGCACUCGUCAAGUCCGCUGCCGAUGACGAUGAUGACCAGUCACAACAGCCGGACGAUGAUUCCGAUGAGGAUAAUGUGGAACCUGUUGAUGCCGAAGAAUCGACGGCAGUGGCUGCAGCUACGACCACGCCAAAGAAACGCGGACGUCCCUCAUUGGCGGGCAAUCAAAGCUCAUCGGGCAAACCGCGCGGUCGGCCCAAGUUCAAGAAAUCGCCCACCAAUCAGGCGGAUGACGAUGGCGACGAUCAGGAUUCAACUGGCGAUUUGGCUGGUGACGAGUCCAACGGGAAUGUGCCCAAGAAGCAUGGACGAACUACAUCGGGCAAACGCGGACGCCCAAAGUCAGCCAAAUCAACGGAUUUGAAUGGCGACGACAGUCUAAGUGGCGAUGCUGACGACGACAAUGACGGAGCCGAUGACGACGGCGGCGAUGAUGAAUCCGAUGAGCCAGCAAAGCAGCAGACGAGCAUCAAGGAUUCAAAAUCGGAGCGCAAGGAAUCCGAUUCGCCAGAAAAUGGCGAUGGAGAUACCGCCAACGAUAAUGAUGAAUCCGUUGAGUGCAUCUCCGAUGAGCCAUCCUGGGCUGGCGCCUAAUUUUAGUAGUAUUUAAGCAACAACACAUUAAAUUGGACAUAAAAACAAAGCAAAUAGCAAGAGGAAACCCUAAGAACAGACAACCUUGUACCCAUUAACCACAUCUGGAGUACUCUAGGUAGUUAUUCGAUCAAGAUCAAUCAAUUUUUCCAAAAAUGAAAAAAAAAAAACAUCAAACAAAUCACAUUUUAUCAUGUUUUUUAUGUUAAAUUCACCCCUCUCAGUCCCCCGCACCCUCAAACUUAUAUGUAAUUCCAAAAAAAGAAAAUAUUUCAUCUUAUUCCAUUACUCUAAAAUUGAUUUUAAAUUUUGUUUCAUU